ACGACAGCAGUCAAAGCGGAGGACAACGAGGCUUCCCGGGGAAAAAAGAUAACCAAAAAAAUCCAAAAUAAAUACAUUUCAGCUGAAGAACUUAACCUGAUUCUGGCCCGGAAUGAGUCUUCUAUCAUUUGUUGUCCUUUUUGGGACAGCGAUUACGGUGUACAGCGAAAAGCACUCCCUCACCUACAUCUACACGGCCUUCUCCAAACCUGUGGAUCUGCCAGGGCUCCAUGAGUUCACUGCCAUGGGUUUACUGGACAACCGGAUGAUCGACUACUAUGACAGCGAGAACCAAAAAAAGGUUCCAAAACAGGACUGGAUGAAAGAGCAUCUUGAACCAGAGUACUGGGAGAAAGGCACCCAGUCCAGAAAGAGCAAACAGCAAUGGUUCAAGGUCAACAUCGACAUAUUGAUGAAAAGAAUGAGACAGAAUGACACAGACACUCAUAUUCUUCAGUGGAUGCACGGCUGUGAGGGUGAAACUCAGCCUGAUGGGAAAAUGAAGUUUGUCCGUGGGAUGGACAUGUACAACUAUGACGGAAGCGACUUUCUGUCCUUUGACGAUGACAGACAGGUUUGGGUUGCUCCCAUUCAUGCGGCAGAAGAAACCAAGAGGAAGUGGGAUGAGGUCCAGGUGCUGAAGGAAUACACCAAGGGCUACCUGGAGAAGGAGUGCAUGGAAUGGAUGACCAAGUUUAGAGACUAUGGGAGAGAGCAGCUUGUGAAAGCCAAUCCACCUGAAGUGCAUUUGUUCACUCGUAAGGCCAAAGUCGAUUCGAACACAAUUUUGACGUGUCUGGCUACGGGCUUCUAUCCAAAAGACAUCACUCUGCAGAUCAAAAGAAAUGGACGUAUCCUGACUAAAGAAGAUGGGUUGGUGACCACUGGAGUUCGCCCAAAUAAUGACAACACCUUUCAGAGAAAAGAUCAUGUGGAGAUUUUGAAGUCUGAUGCUUCCAUCUACACCUGUGAAGUCCAUCAUCUUGCCUCUGAAGUGCAUCUUGAAAUGAAAUGGGAUCACAAUUGCAACGAAGAUAAACAAGGUCUUUCCGGCAUCAUGAUUGGAGCUUUUGGAGCUAUUCUGCUGGUUGUUGUUGUUGGGGUGGUUCUUGCUUGUCUGUUUGUGUACAAAAAGAGGAGAUUUGGCAACAGUGAUGUCACAGAAACCCAAAACAAUGGUUACAGUAGUGUCAGUGUAAUCCAAAUCAGUGACACCAAUGGUCACGUCACCCAUAACAAUGGCACCAAUGGUCACAUCACCCAUAACAAUGGCACCAAUGGUCACAUCACCCAUAACAAUGGUACAGGGAAUGACGGUGUUACCAUACCACUCAUGAAUGAAACUGAAGGAAACGCUGGUGGACAGGGAGACAACAACAGCCAAGAAAGUGGGAUUUCAUCAAAUACGUCGAAUGAAAAUAGCUCAGAAGAAUCUCUUAACACCAGAGACUCUGGAGCUGGUUCCAGAGAAUCCAGCGAUUAAAGGCAGACUCCUCAGUCAAGUAAUUCAAAGUUCAAUGGAAAGUGAUGAUCAUCUGAACACUGGUCAGAUGACUGCAAACGUCUGAAUAACCAGUUUGACGCAUAAUUUUCACUCAUGAAAAAAAUGGGUGAAAAGCUUUGAGCACUUUUAUUCUGUUGGCUUUCUCUGAGGCUCUUUGUAGUUAGGGAAGCUGCAGUUCAAUAUUGUUCUUUACGUGUGUUUAAAAAAUCAUGCUAUUAUUCUUUAAGCUGCUUUGUCAUAUAGGCCAAUAAUUUUGCUAUUAAUUUGAUGCUUGAAAUGUUACUUGGAAACACUUGCACGCUUUUUCUUUAUUGUUCAACUUCUGUUAACAGAACUUCAUUUCAACAACUACCAAAUUUUGAGUGAGCUGUUGCAUUAAAAUCUACAGGACGAUAGAACUCUGUUACAGUCAUAAAAGCAUUUCAAUAACUUGAGUUAGGGAAGCUUAUUAAAUUAAUCUGUUACUCACUGUCUCUCAGUAAAAACGACGUUACAAAAACCAACUGAAACGUACAAAACCUAUACCAUUUCUUGUAAAAACUUAAUCAAAUUAACUUAUGCUCUCUCAACCUAAGCAGCAAAUGAACAUAAAAACUAAUAUAUUUGCUUGUUGUAAUUCAAAGUAACUGAAACAUUCAAAGAAAGUUUUAAGAGUAGUAGAAUGCAUAAAGUAAACAAAUCAUUCUUGGAGUUGAAAUGAUAUGAGAGCUUGUUCCAGAAGAUUACUUAUUUGUCUCUCAGUUGGUAUUUUUCAUAGCAGAUACUUCUAAACAGCUGGGGAAGCACAGUUUAUAUGGUUACAUUUCACUUCUACAUGUAUAUAUGCUUCAAACAUAUUCAAAAGCAGAACCACUAAUAGAAAUGCAGAUUUCAUUAUGGUUGUGGUUUUUCUUCGAUCGAGUGAAAAUUCAGAACAUUGUGUGGUGGUAGCGCAAGAAGGUUUAGAUCACUUUUUGCGUUUAUAUAUUGUUCAGUAAAUGUGUUGCCAUGCACAUAUGAAGACACUCAAGGGCAAUCACACAAUUGAAUAAGAUAUGUUUCCAUAAGUUAAGGCUUCUUACAUUAGAUAAGUAACGUUGUCAAUACAUGCUAAAGUAACUGGAAUGUACUUACAAUUGAGGAAACUAAAACUGAAGGAAAGAAAGAGUUCAUGCUGAAAAUGGUAAUGCUAAAUAUUUAAGAUGGGCUCGUGGAAACUUUAAAGUACUGAAAUUUGAAUAAGCUUAUAAAUUAUAUAUUUUUUUAACGAGGUCAUGCAUUUCUGAUGCAAAAUGUGAUAUAUGUAAUAUGAACAAUGAGAGACAACUGGCUAACUGAAUUGAUUAAUGACUCUGACUUUAGUUGUCAGAUUACAGGAGUAAAAUCUGAUUUGGUGUUCCUUUUCAUUUAGCACCAGUGGUGUAAAAAAGCAUUUCAAAAACAUUAGAUGGGAAAAAAGUUUAAGAUAAACUCUUUAGUUUCUAGGAACAUUUAAAGUUCUCCUCAGAAACAGAAAUGUAACAUGCACCAUAAGUUUAUUAUUGCUACACAACACAAGGAAGUAGCUAACUGUAAAAAACCCAUUUUCAGACAUGGUGGAGCGUUCACUGCUCUCUGUAAAUCUGAACAUUUCGAUUGUUCUUCUGAGCCUAAACUAUUGGCAUAAACUGCAACUGUUAUGAAAGCAAAUGAGCCACAUUUAAUUUUUUUUGUUUUCAUGUCUAAUCAUAAUGAUAUUUAAUUUAAGUAUCGAAGUAGUUAAGUCUAAAUGUUGUUAUUAGGGCUGAACAAUAGGUCAUUCUGAUUGAGUAUUUUCUGUUUUUGAAGAUUUAAUUUUUAGAAAAUCUGGAUUUUUUUUGUCAUCAAUUAACUCUUUGGGCUACUGUAGUUCAGUGAAGUCAACCCACCCUCAGUGCCAACCAUUUUGUUUUACAAGCUGCUUGUAUUUUAGUUGGACUUAUAAGUCAGGUCUGCACACAGAAGGGAUGAUUGAAAUAAAAGCAAGUUUUUUAAAAUAUUUAGUUUAUUUUGAAAAAAUUACAUUAAAAUCGGAUGGUGUAUGGAAAGAAUCUGAGAUCCAGUUUUUAAGUCAUAUUGCCCAGCCCUUUUUGCUUUUUAUCCAUUUUAAUAAGUUUCUUUUUUGUUAUUAUUUUUGUUUAUUUCAAGAUGAAUCUGGUUCCAAAAGGGUUAAAAAAUGAAAGCGCAUCAAAUGUGAACUUGUAAAGAAAUGACGUCUUGUAAAAUACAAACUUGUUAGGUUACACUUUAACAGGACAACAAUGAGAAAAGAUUUUUGAAAAUAGUUUUCAAACUCAAUGUAUCUGUAUUUGUUUGGAGCUAUUUGGAAUUUUUUUUAAUGGAUUAUAAAUUUAAUCUUCUAUGUUUUUAAAUUACGUGUCUUAUUGUAUAUUACCUGGGUAUUUGGGGUUCUUUGUAUUUUUAAUUGUUUUUAUGUUAAUAAAUGAGAAAAAUAUUCACAGAUUGAUAAUUGGGAGCAAUAAAAUUUUAGAGAACCUAAAUAAUGCUGCAGUUAACAAAUUUUGCAAACUCCCAUAGUUUUGUUUUAUAAUGAUUUGUUGAUUCUCAUUUUAAUUAUAUUGAAUUGGGAUUAAAAUGAAGCUUUGAAUUGGAAUGUUUUAAAACUUUGAAGUUUUUUGUCAUGCAUGGAUUAUGCUUUUUGAUUGUGGUUUUAAAUUUUCAAUAAAACAUAUUUUAUGAAAAAUU